AUGGCGUCUCUUGGUGGUUUUGAAACUCUUCGCUUUCCUCGUACAGUCGUGGAGAUGUUCUACAAGCCGUUCAUAUUCGUCGACGAUGUUGUCCAUGACGGUAUCUUCCCAAAUGCCGACAAGCGAAGCGAAGAGCUCCCAGCCGAUGACAGUUCUGGGAGUUCGCCUAGUGAACUUUGCGGCUUUUUCUCGUCUCCGUGUGAAAGAAAAUCUUCCUUAAAGAAGGCCAUGGUCCGAUCCUGUAUAAAACUUUGGUACAACAGCGACAUCCGUCAGGCAAAAUCUUUUACUGAUGAUGAUAUGGUCAGUUUCAUUAUGAUACCCUCCAUCGGAUGA